GGCGGCGGGGGGAAGUGACUUGGUGCGAGGGGCUGGGCAGGGCUCUGAGCAGCGGGGCGCGCAGGCUGUCGCCUCGGCGGAGGGCAGGGCUGCUCCGGGAGGAGGCGGAGUCGGACCCGGGGCCGGGCUCACCUUCCAGCAGAGGGAGAAAAGGUGCCGCGCUGGAGGCAGGGAGGACCGAGCCCGGGGAACUUUAAAGCGGACUCGACUUCUCCUCUGGGAGCUGCUGCAACGCAGGUCCUCCCACCCCGCCACCAACUUCUGCGCGCCCCCCAACACCCCGGCUCCCCACCAGCCCCCCAAAGCUGCUGUCCCGGCUCCCCGACCAGCUGUCCCCCAACACCCAGGAGCUGCUGCACCCCGACUCCCCCCGCUCCCCGGCCAGCUCCCCCCCAACACCCAGGAGCUGCUGCACCCCGACUCCCCCGCUCCCCGACCAGCUGCCCCCCAACACCCAGGAGCUGCUGCACCCCGACUCCCCCCGCUCCCCGACCAGCUGCCCCCCAACACCCAGGAACUGCUGCACCCCGACUCCCCCCGCUCCCCGACCAGCUGCCCCCCAACACCCAGGAUCGGCUCCCCCCGCUCCCCGUCCGCCUGAAGUCCAGCGGCUGCAGCGUCCCGGCCCCGUCUCUCGGCGCAGCCCGGCGGCCCCGGGGCAUGGAGAACGCGCACAGCUCGCCGGCGGCCGCGGUGCUGCAGCGCUUCGGGGUGCAGGAGAGCUGCGGGCUGAGCCCCGAGCAGGUCCGCCGGAGCCGGGACAAGUACGGACCCAAUGAACUCCCUGCUGAAGAAGGAAAGUCCCUCUGGGAGCUGGUGCUGGAGCAGUUUGAAGAUCUCCUUGUGCGCAUUCUUCUCUUGGCUGCUGUUGUGUCAUUUAUCCUGGCCUGGUUUGAAGAAGGUGAAGAGAUCACUACUGCAUUUGUAGAGCCAGUUGUCAUCAUGCUGAUUCUCCUAGCCAAUGCUGUUGUGGGGGUGUGGCAGGAGAGAAAUGCGGAGAGUGCUAUCGAAGCCUUAAAGGAAUACGAGCCAGAAAUGGGAAAAGUGAUCCGUGCCGACAGGAACGGAGUCCAGAGGAUCCGGGCUCGAGAUAUUGUUCCUGGGGAUAUUGUGGAAGUGGCAGUUGGUGACAAGGUGCCAGCCGAUAUCCGGAUCAUCGAGAUCAGAUCCACGACGUUACGGGUUGAUCAGUCGAUUCUCACAGGUGAAUCUGUGUCUGUGAUUAAACACACUGACCCGAUCCCUGACCCCAGGGCUGUCAAUCAGGACAAGAAGAACAUGCUUUUCUCUGGUACCAAUAUUGCGGCUGGUAAGGCUGUUGGCGUCGUCAUUGCUACCGGGAUAUACACAGAAAUUGGGAAGAUCAGGAAUCAGAUGGUUGCAACUGAGCCAGAGAAGACCCCAUUGCAACAAAAGCUGGAUGAGUUCAGCCAGCAACUCUCCAAGGUCAUUUCUGUGGUCUGCAUAGCUGUCUGGGUCAUCAAUAUCAGCCACUUCAGCGACCCGGUUCACGGUGGCUCUUGGUUUCGUGGGGCUAUCUACUAUUUCAAGAUUGCAGUGGCCUUGGCAGUAGCUGCCAUCCCUGAGGGUCUCCCUGCUGUCAUCACCACUUGUCUGGCGUUGGGCACGCGCCGUAUGGCCAAGAAGAAUGCUAUUGUGAGGAGCCUUCCUUCAGUGGAAACGCUGGGCUGCACCUCUGUCAUCUGCUCUGACAAGACCGGCACCCUCACCACCAACCAGAUGUCUGUCUGCAGGAUGUUUGUUGUUGAGAAGAUUGAGGGGAUCCACUGCAGCCUACAUGAGUUCAGUAUCACAGGAUCCACCUAUACGCCAGAGGGAGAGAUCCUGAAGGAUGACAAGCCCAUUCAGUGUGGACAGUAUGAUGGCCUGGUGGAACUAGCCACUAUCUGUGCUCUCUGCAAUGACUCCUCUCUGGAUUAUAACGAGUCAAAAAAAGCCUAUGAGAAGGUGGGAGAAGCAACCGAAACAGCCCUGACCUGCCUGGUAGAAAAGAUGAACGUUUUCAACACUGAUACAAGCAACCUCUCGAAGGUGGAGAGAGCCAAUGCCUGCAACUCUGUAAUCAAGCAGCUCAUGAAGAAAGAAUGCACCCUGGAGUUCUCCCGUGACCGCAAGUCGAUGUCUGUCUACUGCACUCCUGUCGGUUCCAGCCACAACUCUGCUGGCAGCAAGAUGUUUGUCAAGGGCGCCCCUGAAAGCGUGAUCGAACGCUGCAACUACGUCCGUAUUGGCACUAACCGGGUCCCCCUCACGCUCUCCACUAAGGAGACGAUCUUGUCUAAGAUCCGGGAAUGGGGGACUGGUAUUGACACCCUGCGCUGCCUCGCUCUGGCCACCCGGGACAACCCCUGCAAGAAAGAGGACAUGCAGCUGGAAGACGCGACCAAGUUCAUUAACUAUGAGACUAACCUAACCUUUGUGGGCUGCGUGGGGAUGCUGGAUCCUCCCCGGAAGGAGGUGGUGAUGUCCAUUAAGAUGUGCAAGAAAGCCGGCAUCCGGGUCAUCAUGAUCACUGGGGACAACAAAGGCACAGCCGUGGCCAUCUGCCGGAGGAUUGGGAUCUUCUCAGAGAAGGAGGAUGUGACGGACAAGGCCUACACUGGCAGGGAGUUUGAUGAUCUCCCCCUGGAGACACAGCGGGAGGCCUGCCGUUCGGCCCGUUGCUUCGCCCGAGUCGAACCUGCUCACAAGUCCAAGAUAGUCGAAUACCUACAGUCUUUCCAUGAGAUUACAGCUAUGACGGGAGAUGGAGUGAAUGAUGCCCCUGCCCUGAAAAAGGCUGAGAUUGGCAUUGCCAUGGGCUCUGGCACAGCCGUAGCCAAAUCGGCAGCUGAGAUGGUGCUAUCUGAUGACAACUUCUCCACCAUCGUGUCUGCUGUUGAGGAGGGCAGAGCCAUCUACAACAACAUGAAGCAGUUCAUCCGCUACCUCAUCUCUUCUAACGUUGGAGAGGUCGUCUGUAUUUUCCUGACUGCAAUCCUGGGCUUGCCUGAAGCUCUGAUCCCAGUCCAGCUGCUCUGGGUGAACCUAGUGACAGACGGGCUACCCGCCACUGCUCUUGGAUUCAACCCCCCUGACCUAGACAUCAUGGACAAACUUCCCCGCAACCCAAGAGAGCCCCUCAUCAGUGGCUGGCUUUUCUUCCGCUACCUUGCCAUUGGAGUGUACGUUGGAUUGGCAACGGUGGGGGCAGCUACCUGGUGGUUCUUGUACGAUGCUGAAGGGCCGCAAGUUACCUUCUACCAGUUGAGGAACUUCAUGAGAUGCACAGAGGACAAUCCCAUCUUUGAAGGCAUUGACUGUGAAAUCUUCGAGUCUCGUUACCCAACCACUAUGGCUCUGUCGGUGCUAGUGACGAUUGAGAUGUGCAAUGCUCUCAACAGUGUGUCUGAAAACCAGUCACUGCUGAGGAUGCCGCCAUGGCUCAACAUCUGGCUGCUGGGAACAAUUGUCAUGUCCAUGGCGCUGCACUUCGUGAUUCUCCACGUGAAGCCUAUGCCUCUGAUCUUCCAGGUAACCCCCCUGAGCUGGCCGCAAUGGGUGGUCGUGUUGAAAAUUUCCCUGCCUGUUAUCCUGCUCGAUGAAGGACUCAAGUACCUUUCCCGCAACCACCUAGAGGGAAUUCUCAGGACAGUCAGACACACGUGGAGUGGGGAGCACCAGCUGAAAACCUGCAGGAGUCCAGAUCAAACAGGGUUGGCUCUGUUGAGACAAGGGCAAGAAAUGAAUGACAUAAAGGAAACUCACUUUCUAAAUAAAGAAACCCUAAGCUGUAACUCGGACUGAAGUCUUGCAUGUUUGACCAUCACUAGAAGCCAGCAGGACAUGCAUGUGUCCGACUAUCAGACUAAUGCGGGUGAAUCGUCGAAAAGAAAAAUACUGAUUUUGUUUUUGUUUCGUAGCUUUUUUUCCCUGUAUGUAAUGGUGCAAUUACUGGACAGCUAAAUUAUAGUUUUGGGGAUGAAACUAUAUGUAACUGAGUCAUUGUAACACAGCUCCUUGGGGGUCCGCUCCUGAAAAGUUUGAGACCCCUUAAAAAAAUAGCCCCAAUGUGUGAGCUCAGUAAGGCAUCUUUUGUUUUGUAAAAAUGUGGUAGGUGGGAGGUCAUGCUUUCACAGUGGUGCACAGUAUCUGUGCAUGAGCAAUGAUGACAGAGGUGCAUUCCAGAGCUGCGAUGUGGCACAACAGACAGCAUCUCAGUACCAAGGAAAAGCUUAUCUGUGUGUGUGUGGGCAGGAGAGGUAAGCAAAGAAAGGUGCAUGGGAUGCAACAGGUGUAUUCCAAUUGACUUCCAAUUUAGUAGAGUGAUAUCCACUAAAGUAUAAUACCUAGGUGGCAAUGCUAGUGCUCUGGUAGCCACAUUGCCUAGAUGUCCAGCUUUGGUGGUUUCAGUGUACCUGUAUCCUGGUAUAAUUACCAGUGUUGUAGAAAUUGUGGACAUGUAUUUACUUGCAAAGAUUUUUGUGGUGGAAGUUGAAACUUCCUCUAUUUAUCAUAUUAUUCUCUAUUCUAUUUUCCUCUUGUGAAAAUCUUGCACCUUCUCAGGCUCAUCUGACACCAAAGCAUGACCCAGUCCUCUUGUCCUUUUCUCUUCUGUAUAACACCUUGUUAGCUCCCUUCCUGUGCUAAGCAUCUCCACCUAAACAGCUUAAAACAAAACAUGGAAAUGGAGAACUCUGGAUCCCAUCACAUCUAGUGCUCAUUCCUGGUCAAAUUUUCUGACUAGGUAAAUCUAGAUUACCUAGUUUUUAAAAUAUGACUACAUAGAAAGUAGAAUAAAAGACUUAAAAGGCAGUUGUCCAUUAGUUAAUGUCAGUUUUGGGAGACAAUCUAUGCUCCCAAUAUGAUGAUGAAAAAGGGAGAGGUGAUCACAUGGGAGCAAAGGUUGUCUCCCAAAAAUGACGUUAAGACUUUUAUUCUACCACCUAUAUAAUCUUAUUUUUGAAACUCACGUAGACCAUUUGACCAGGAAUGGGCAGUAGAUGUGGUAGGAUCCAAAGUUCUUGAUGAAGGGAAAAAGAUGCCUACAGUUUUUCUUCCUUCUAAACUUCACCCGGGUGUAUGCCGGAGCACCGGAGUCGGUUAUUGCUUUGCUUUGCUAUUAUUUUGCUCCAUUCCUAUCUGGAUCAGUUUCUAUUUUAUUUAAGUGUCUUAAAACCCCCAGUGCUUUUUCUUUCUCUUCCGUGCAGGCCAGCUGGCUGAACUCUGACCAGCUGGCUACCGUAGGUACAGUACGUGCCAAACACCAUCCUUUCCUUUCUCUCCAUCACCAGCAUUGAAAAAGAUGGGUCGCGCCCCCAGACCAAUGGGAAUGUACAGACUUGUUAUACUACUGAGCUGAUUUAAUUGUACAGAAAACCUUGCAUGAAAUGUUGUUACUGUAUUUAAUAUAGAAUGUACUCAAGGAAUUUUAAUAUGGAGCUUUUAAAAAAACAAACAAACAUCUUUAUAGAUACUGUGUGAUUACAGGAAAAUCGUUCACCGAAAAAUCACUAUUUGCUUUCUUUGAGAAUUUUUCUUUGUCCAACAUGUUUUGUAUGUUUCAGUUUAUAGAGCUGAUUUAAUUGAGCUGAUUACACAGGCUGACUGAUUCCUUUUUAGAGACCAUUUUCAAUGUGGGUGGAACUUACCCUUGAGCAGAGGGUCAGUAGAUGAUCCAUACACCUCUUAAGCCCUCUAAAGAGGGUUUAAGUGGGACUUAAGUGGUGUGUGGGCCAUCCAUGCUUCUGUACAGAGGUGAAUUCCACCGUGUUUUAUUACAAAGAUCCCCACCACUCCAUGGCUUUCUGAACAGCCUGGGAAAUAACUGGUGGGAAUUUAAUCAAAUAUUUAAGGGCCACAUUCAGCCCUCAUGUAACCAGAGCAACUCCAUUGCCUUUAGGAGAACUGUUUCUGCUUAUUCCAGGGUUGAGAUUGAUCCUCAACAUCCUGCCCACCCUAUUGGUGGUGGUGGGGGGGGGUGUCCAUGGAAUGUAGUGCAACCAGAGCUGCAGAGUACUUGGUCUGUAAGUUAUCCCUGCUGGUAAAUGUUCAUAUCCACCAGAGAUCCAUAUUGGAUUAUGGGGAGUCCCGGCCAGAUCUGCAGCUCUUGUGAAUCUCUGUUGCUCUACUGGAAUUACAUUGAUUUACACCAGCUGAAGAUCUGACUUGUGACUUUUUUGGUACCCAAAUGUGUGUAUUUUCUAAAGCUUUGGAUAUUAUUUUAAAAUCUGUAACAAAGAGGGUUUAAAAUAUUUACAAAACGUGUGUCUUGGGCAAGCACGAGACAGGCAAAGAUAUGACGUCAGUAACUUUUAAGUCCUCUAUUAAAUUCCUUUUGGUCAUUUUGCUUUGCCUCAUCUGAUGCCAAGAAGGUGGGGACAAUUAUUUUAAGGCAUUGUGAUUGCACAUUGUGAGGAAGAGGCAGGGGAAAUAUUAGGUUUUAUUGGAUUGGUUUUAAUUUACGCUCAACACAGCUAAAAUGCACUAUGGUGGUUCACUGUGCCUGAUGUUGGAUUGAAAUUGUGAAAUUACAGGAUAUGAAAUUCAGCAGAUGGAGUGCAACAACUCUCAGCCAUGUUCCAUGCCAAAGGCUUACUCUUCCCAGUAGCAGCAGGUUUUGUCUUAAAAUUCUGUUUGCCCUUUUCUCACUGUAAGCUUCUGGGUCAAAUCAGUGGAACCUGCACUAAGGACACCUUCAACAGGUAUUCACUCUACUAAGGGUGACCUAUUUUAAAGUAUCCCCAUUUUCUAGUAUGAUCCCUCAUUGAAGAACCGUGUCUCAUUUUUUCUUUUGUUGCUUGUCACAUGGCUGGCUGCUUUAAGACUGGUUUCCCGAUAGACAUUUUGGGGUUGUGGAGGGUUAUAGUUCAAAUAUUUUAAUGAAAUAGAAAAAUGUCCUUAGAUCAAAAUUAUUUUUCCUUUACGCUUUGGUGAAGGGUCAGGAUAAAUCGCAUAGAAGUUGUUUAUUAUUUGUAUGUCACCAGCAGUGUGCUGAUUGCUUUAACAUGCUGUAGUGGUUCUUCUGCGAACUUGAAGGUGGUUAAAGACCUAAUCCCAUUGAUUUCAAUAUGGUUUGGAUCGGGUCUGAAUUGCAUCUUACUGAAACAUUUGAUUGUGUGCAAUAGAAUGGAGAUGUGCACUGGAGUGGCUUUUUUUUUAUUUUUUAUUUUUUUUUUUUUUUUCCUGAUUGCAUGUUGCAAAAGGAGGCCUGUGAGGAAAAGCUGCCUAGUCUCACUUCUGUUGAAAACCAGGAUCUAGGAAUCACAAUCAUUGCCUUCUGGUGUAUUCAGAUUCUUUAUAAUAGUUUAGUCUCUUUCCAACGAUACUUCGAGCCAGCCUGGGCCAUUACAAUAGAUCCUCCUAAACAAAAGGAGCAAAUUAUUCAUCAUGCAUCACAGCCUGAGCACCAGAAAAGUAGCCUGUGUGGUUGUCCAUGAGCACUUUAAAUUAAUUUCUCAGGGGCCAUUCAACAUGUUGGAUCACACCUGUAAAAUAAACAUGGAAGGCAAGGAAGAGGCUCUCCUCUCUUGGAAGAGCACCAAGUGUGAGCAUUGGGCAAUGGCUAUGAAGUCCACAUUAUGCUGUUUGAGGACUUGAAUAUCCUUGUGGCCGAUGACUGGAUAAAUUCUCUCCUACCAAGAACUCUCCCAUGGAACAUCCAUCAUCUGGGAAGGGUGCAUUAUGUAUGUGAAAAGACAGCUGUUGCUUGAAACAGCAGGGUGUGUGGGGGGGGUGGGUGGGCGGGCGGGGAGAGAUUACUAGUAUCACAUCUGAAAUUUAUUUUCUCCCUUAAUUCCUCUAUUGGCCAAAAUAUGGCCAAAGUUCUUGAUUCUGAUUCCAUACAUUGUCUGUUUGAUUGGCAUGGUGCCUUUCACAAGAAUCUGGCACUGUCAUGAUGAUAUUGUCUUAUUUACGUUUCUAACACUUGGCCAAUCCAAGACCAGGGUGGUACCAUAAGGUGUCCUAAUAGUUAGAAAUUGGAGGUUUGGCCUUUAUGGGAAGAAUUGGUGGGUAACUUUAAAGGGACCCUUAAUUCAUGCAACAAAUGUGGGGCUGGAGAAAAGGGUUUGUAAAUAGAGCUUUUGGGAAGCCCCAUCCUAUCUAGGUGCACAGUACAGUAGAUGGGUGGGGUGUGAAAAGCCAGAUCAACAGAAGGAUCCUGAGGUGACAAGUUUCAGUUCCUGUUGUACACUUCACAUUUACUAUGCUGCUUAGAACUUAAAGCCCUGGUCCUGCCAACACUCCGGUUACGGAGCUCAAUCUAACCACCAUGGUAGUCAAUGGGUGUUGUUUCACUGACUUCAAUGAGCUUUGGGUCAGACUGAUGGGUCCAUCCCAUUAAAUUUUAACAGACAAAUGUUUGCAAGAUUAAGGCCUAUAUUUGUUUUUCGUAUCGUGGAAUAGCCACGGUCUUAAAUAGAAGAAUACUGCAUGAGAUUCCUGACUGAAAAAUUAAUGGGUGGAAGAGCUGCAGAAAAUCACAGGAUCGUCCCAUCCCACUAUUAAUACUUCACAUUCUGAACCACUGUAGACACAGACUAGGUAAGACCCACCAAACAAAUAUCCAAUGGGGAAACCUUUUAAGAAGUAUUCUCCAAGUGGGUUGCCUUGGGCACUGGCCAUGGUCCUGAUUAAAGAAAAGAAGCUGAGCAUUGAUUGAAAGGCCUUACAAUGCAUACAAAGGGUCUGCACUGGGAUUUAAUAUCUUUAUGGACCAUUUGGCAAUUUAUCCAUCAUCCUUAGGAGUCUCCUCCCUUUUUUCUCCCACCCCCCCUUCAUUUUCUAGGUUGAGCAUGUUCCUGGCAUGGAUGAAAAACACUUCAGACCUGCAUAAUGCUUCUCUAAAGAGUUGAAUACAUGCAACCUGUGUUUUCUCUAUGCUGUGAUGUGUAUUUUUAUAACAAUCUAGAUGUUUUCAAAGGUUUUAUCUUCACUUAUCCCCUCCUACCAUCAAUCUACCUGUCUCAGCAAUCCCCUACCCACUGAUUCCCAAGGUAUUUUUAAUACUCAGAUUUUCACUGCCACUUUCUUUCACCAGCUUUUGAUUAUUCUACCAACCCUCCAGUGCUACCUUGAAUUGCGUGUCAGCCUGUUCAUUCAGCUUAGCAAGAGAAGAGCAGUGGAGGUGGUUUUAUGCUGCCAAAAUAAAGACCUCUAGACCCCAUGAGGCCGGUAACAAUGGUUUCUGCUGGGCAUAGAUUGGGAUGAUCCUGGGUAUAGGGUAUGCAGGAACAAAAUUAGUGAAAAGACAGAUAUGGGGGAGAUACAAGUGUCCCUUGCAUCCUCUCCUUUUGGUGCCAUUCAGCUUUUGGUAAUGCAAGAAUGGAAAACUAAAUGAGUCUAGAAUAGAUCUCUGUGCUCUGUAUAUACAAGAGCCUAGACAGGUAGGUGUACCCUACCUUAGGGAUAUCUGUAUAGCAGACUCAUGCCCAUGCUAUGUGGAGUCUGUGCUGUGUUUUGUCUGUACUCGAGACCAUGAAGAGAGAAAACACUGACUUGUUUACAGGUGUCAUUAGUGUCAUGGCUUGAAUCUCUGAACGUAGCAAUUUUGCUACGAUGCCUGAGCAGCCGAAUCUAGAAACCUUGUUGAGUUUGCACUUCCUAGUGAAAGAUAAAUUGUUACAUCUUUUUAAAAGAGUUGUGUGGGGGUAGAAUUGAAACAAACAAGGUUUCCUAUUUUAUUAUGAGAGAUAUUUUUCCACUAAAUUACUGAUUCCUAAAUGGUGUACUUUGUCUGAUGUAAAUAGCCAGGUGUAGCGUGAAGACUUAAGAAGGGUCAUUGUAGUCACAUAUGUAUGAUCCACUCUGUUCGCACAAUAUUGAGCUGAUUUGUUUUAUACUUACGAAAUUACAGAAAUAAAAGCAAUUUUACUGGA